AUGUACCGCUCACGAUCCACGCCUGCUUUUACUUUCUUUGGUACCCGUGUAUCGCCGUCCCGCUCGUUGGCCCGGUCCUGCACAAACCGGUCGGAUAGGCGUAUCGCCGCCGCCGCCGCCGCCGCCGCCGCCGUCGCCGCCGCAUCCUUCCAGUCUGAUUUGCUGCUGAGCCUGCCUACGUCGCUCUCACCACCAUUCCACACCCACUUGCCGCCAGCACGACAGUUCAAUCCGCCGGGCGGCGCGGAGCCGCCACGGACCCCGUCAUUCUCACCAUCCGCCGCCGCCGCCGCCGCCGCCGCGCCCCAGAUCAGAGUCAGCCGCAUACCGAACCUGCUGGACGGGGAAAAGCAGGCCGCAAUAGAAGGCAUAACAUUCCGGCUCCGGAUGCGGCAGAAUCCCAAGGCGGCAAGGGCGUGCGGCUCGGGCGAGCGCGACAGGCGCAACGUCGACCCCCCUCCCAUCGUGCAGCUUCACGUCGAGGCUCCCGGUCUGAGGGCGGAGGAGAUCGACACGUACCUCCGCUACGAAGGGUACGUGAUGAACUGCUGGAUAUACGACCAGACGGGCACGCACGACGCGUCCAACAUGCCGUCCGAGUACCGGUACCAGCGACGGCUGACCGGGUCCCUGGUGGGGACGCCCUUCUACGGAAAGGACGAGCUGGGCCAGGAGGGUUGCUUCUUCCCGUUUCCGGACCUGUCUGUCCGUACGCUGGGCAAGUACCGGCUGAAGUUCACGCUCAUCAUGCUCAACGUCUCCCGGCCGGGACAGGCCCGGCACUUCCCCAUCCUGGCCGAGACCUUUAGCAACGUGUUUGAGGUGUAUGCGGUCAAGGAUUUCCCCGGGAUAUGCGAGAGCAGCAAGCUCGUCCGCGCGCUGCGACAGCAGGGCUGCGUCAUCUCCAUCAAGAAGGGUAACGAUAAGAAGAAGAAGAGGGAUGUCCCGGACCCGCCCGACGAUGACGACGGUGACGGUGACGGUGAUGAUUACGAUGACAAUGACGACGACGGCGAUGGCGCAGACGGUAGCAGGUUCGGGGUCAAGCGGCAGCGGAGCAACGCGACGGGGUAG